AUGAAAAAUUUUAAUAUAUUUUUAUUAGUAUUAUAUUAUUUAAUUGUAUGCAAAUUUGUAGAUAAUAUAAGAUUAAAUAGUUCAGAUCCCAAUACUAUUGAGGCAGACAAUGGAAAUACAAAAAAUAGAAAUCAUGAAUCAGCAGAAAAUCAAAGGACUAAUACAGGUACAGACACAAAUAAAGCACCAGGAAAUGGAGACAAAAUGAAAAUAGAAAAUAUAACAGAAUCUCCUAAUGAAACCUCAAAAAAUAAUGUAAGUGAAAAAAUUGAAAAGGAAAAACUUGAAGAAUAUGAAAAUCGCAAGGAAAAUUUAGAUAAUUUUGUUUCAACAACAAUGACACCAACUACAGAACAUAAUGAUAAUGCUAGUUUAAGAAGUAUAUUUAUAAAUCAAGACGAUUUUGAAAGUGCUAGAAAUGUUUGUGAAUUUAUUGUGAUUGGAAAUGAACAUUAUAGGAAAUUUUGUAGCAUUGCAACCUUAAUUCAGCAAAUAGAAAAAUUAAAAACAACUAAUAAUGCAUUAUAUAAAGAAGUUACAAACAUAUCUUACGAAAAAGAAGAUUUGUCCGAAUCCCUAGUGAAAGAAAGUAGUAAAGGCAAAAUUUAUAUGGAGAAAGACAAUCGUAGUCCUAAAUUAUCAAUUUUAUUUAUGUACGAAAAAUUUUGUGUAGGAGGAAUCCCACUAGCUUGUAAUAACAUAUUGAAAUAUGAUAAUGUUUUUGAUAUUAAUCGUGACAUUGGAAUAACUGAUGAUAAUAAAAACGAACAAAAAGAAGAAAAUAAACUAAUAAAUGAUAUUGAAAAAGACUUAGGUAAUGCAGAUGAUCAAAAAACAGAAAUAGAGGAAAGCAUUUCUGAUUUAACUGAUAAUGAAGGCAUAAAUAACUUAACAGAAUAUUAA